AUGGAGACAAAGAUUCCAGCAAGAGAUGUAACGGCAACGAUGGUGUUAGUGAUAGAGAAUGCAGCCGAGGGUGCGUCAGCUUCUCCCGGGCUUGAUGCUGGGUCAUUCGUGGUUGGUGCCUGUGGAGAAGAAUUGCUUGGACUUGGUGAUGAAGGAGAGGGUGAUGGAGAAGUAGUGAUUACAGGAGAGGGUGUUGGUGAUGUGUUUGUGGAGGGUGAUGGAGCUGGUGCUGAAUUUGGUGAUAAUGAUCGGGUAGGUGCGGGUGCAGGAGCUUGUUGUGCUAUGCAUGAGGUAGUCAACAACCCCAAUAUCACAAACACUUUGAUUGCAACAGAACCCAUGUUGUGUAUGUUUUUGUUAAAGAAGAAAUAUGAGAAGAGAGUAUAA